AUGAAGUCAGCUAAAACUACUCCAACUACUUCAAAAGUGCUAGAUCCUGAAUUACAUCCAAUCAAAUCACAAGUUCAUGUUGAUAAUUUGCAUAUAACUUCAAUUUUAUCAAAUCAAGGUGCUAUAAUCAAUGUUGAUCAUGAAGUUGAUAAUGAUGAAGCUUUGAUAUUAGCUAUGGGUUAUAAACAAGAAUUGAAAAGAGAGUUUUCAUUAUGGACUAUUUUUGGUGUUAGUUUUUCAGUCUUAGGAUUAUUACCUUCCAUAGCAGCAACUUUUGAUUAUCAACAGUUAGUUAUUGGAAUGUCCCCAUUACCAUGGAUUAUUGCAAUGAUCUUUAUCACAUUUGUUGCUUUAUCUAUGGCAGAAGUAUCAUCAGCUUUUCCUUGUUCUGCAGGAACACCAUAUGCAGUUUCGCAAUUAUCUCCACCAAAAUACAAGGCAUAUUUUACAUUCUUCACAGCAUGGUCAAAUUUUCUUUGCCAAAUAACGGCCGCCCCAUCGGUGAGUUGGCUGGGGGCUAGUUUAAUGCUUGCGUUAUACAGCUACAAUAGUCCUUCAUAUACUCCAACUACAGGUCAAGUAUUUGGAUUAACUACUGGUAUAAUGGUUGUAUGUGGAAUUAUGUGUUCAUCAACAUCUAAAUGGGCUGCAAGAUUUAGUUCAAGUGGUACUAUUUGUAACAUAGUGUUCUUGGUAAUUGUUUUUGUAAUGAUAUUAGGAGGAAAUUCAAGAGUAGAAAUUCUGGGAAAAGACAUUUCAAAAUUUAAUUCAAAUUCUGUUGCUUGGAGUUUGACAAAUCAAAUAGAAUGGCCACAGGGGAUAUCAUUUUUAGCCUCAUUCCUUGGCGUUAUUUGGGCCAUGAGUGGAUAUGACUCCCCAUUCCAUUUAUCUGAGGAGUGUAGCAACGCUUCAGUAGCAGUACCAAGAGCAAUUACAAUGACAGCGGUUGUUGGAGGUCUAGUUGGAUUUUUUUUCUGUAUUGCAAUUUCUUACACUUUAGUUGAUCUUACUGAAAUUGCUGAUGAUCCUCAAGGUUUAGGUCAACCAUUUGUCACUUAUUUAAGUCAGAUAUUGAAGCAUGACCUACUUAAUGCUGCUGUUGCAUUAACAAUAAUAUCUUCAUUUUUUAUGUCAUAUACAUGUUUAUUAGCCGCCUCAAGAGUCACCUAUGCUUAUUCUAGAGAUGGUUUAUUUCCUGGCUCAAACAUUUGGAAAAAGGUUUCACCGUGGACUCAAACUCCAAUCUGGGCAGUAGUUUUUAAUGUUGUAAUUGGUGAAUUAUUGUUAUUGUUAAUGUUUGGAGGUGAUGUUGCUAUUGGUGCUAUCUUUUCAGUCGGUGGAAUUGCUGGUUUUGUUAGUUUCACUACUCCAACUUUACUAAAAAUAACUUAUGCUAGAAAAACGUUUAAAAGAGGUCCUUGGCAUUUAGGAAAAUUCUCCCAACCUAUUGGAUGGUGUUCAGUUGCUUUUGUUACAUUAAUGAUACCAAUCUUAUGUUUCCCAACCGUAAGAGGUGCUGAUUUAAAUGCUCAAGAAAUGAACUGGACAGUUUUGGUAUUCUUUGGCCCUUUAUUAUUGGCUACAAUAUGGUUUGUUGUUGAUGCUCAUAAAUGGUAUAAAGGACCAAGAAGUAACAUUGAUGAAAAAGAUAUUACCUACGAAAGCAAGCUUAUUGAUAAUUCUAAUGAUCCAACAGAUUAUAAAAAUGCUCAUGUUGUUGAUGGACAAACUGUGAGUGAUUCUGGUGAUGAAAUAAUAAAUGAGAAAAAAAGUUAUUAA